AUGGAAAUGGUCAGAGCUGUGGACCCCCUGUGCUGUGAGGAAAGGUUGAGAGAGUUGGAGCUGUUCAGCCUGGAGAAGAAAAGGCUCCAGGGAGACCUUACUGAACUUCCCAGCAGAAGGGCACGUAGGGAUUGGACAAGGCUGGAUGGCUUCAGGCUGAAAGAAGGGCCCAGAAGUGGGACAAGAGGAGGAACUGGUGCUCAGGAAGUUUCACCUGAAUGUGAGGAAGAACUUCCCUGUGCAGUGAUCGAGCACUGGAGCAUUGCCCAGAGAGGGUGUGGGGUCUCCCCCACUGGUGAUACCCCAGAACGUCUGGCACAGCGCUGUGCCCUGUGCUCUGGGAUGGCCCUGCUGGAGCUGGGGGCAUUUAUUUGUUGCUUUACCCCAAACUGCAGCAACUGUACUUUGGGAAGUCACGAAAUUCUUCACAAGGCAACCACCUGCAUCCAUCUGUACCUGCACCACACUGGUGAUUUGAAGCCAAGUUUGGCUAGAACGUGGGGGGAUGAACAAAGAAGGUUCUGUGUGACUGAGCUCCUAGAAGACAUUUGUGCCUGGAGGCUGACUAGGCAGAACCUUCUCUCUGUUAUUAUGAACUACAGAGGUCAAGUGGAAUAUAUGCUGCAAAAUGUGGUAUUUGUUCUCAAUUUGUUACACCAGAAAAGCAUUAACUUCGACAUGAAAGAGUGUUCUUCAAAGUGUGGAAACACCAGGCAAAGAGGAUUUUUAAAUGGGAACAAUGUUGAAAAAACUACAACCCUCCAGCCCUUCACAAAAACAAGGCACUAUGAGCUGAUAGAUCCCUGGUGGCAUCAGUGGCCAGACAAGUCCAGGGAAUAUACAGUCAAGAGCUGUAUGUUAAUGGAGGCUGCUGUGACUGAGCUCUCCAUGGCCAUCUCCCAUCUCGUCCAUGCCUACAGCAGCAGCUUUGAUGCAUCUUUCCUGGUUCCCAGCAUACCUAAGAGCCCUUUGUGUGCAGACAUCAGCCUAAAUUCCCAGCUGAGCUUCACUGUUUGUGCUGCCCAGGAGCCUGGAUUGGUGUCCAAGACAUGGAACAGAACCCAGCUUUUUCUUUUCUCCUGUUUGCUAACUUUUGCUGGGAAGACAAUAUGUCAAGCAAAGAUUUGCAAAAAUAUCCAUUUAAGAUCCUUCUUUUUCCUGGCUGACUGGAUAAAAAGUAAGGUCAACCUCCUUCUACGAAUAAAGGCUCUUCCAAGGGAAAUUCUGCUGACAAUAAAACUACUAGGAGUAAACAGCACCUCCAAAAAUACACAAGUGCUUGCUUGCACAUGCUCCCCCUUGUAUGCAAAAGAGAGUAAACAGCACCUCCAAAAAUACACAAGUGCUUGCUUGCACAUGCUCCCCCUUGUAUGCAAAAGAAUCGACUUCCCAGAAACUGAUGUGGAGUUCACGAAACCUGAACCUGAAGAAAGAAGAGGUGAUCUUGUAGAGCCAACCCAGGAGUGCCUGAAGCCCAGUGCAAGAGUUUCACAGAAAUUCUCUCUAUCGCUGCUCUCAGAGCAGCAGAGAAGGAUCUCGGGGUUUUAUCACUGCUCCUGCAGCAGCCAGAGCUGCUCCCUGCCUCUGGCGCUGGGCAGUGCACCCACCUGGGACAGCCCCACCCUGUCAGAAACGCACCCUUUGCUGAGGAACUGGGGAUUUUCCAGCCCUCCAGAGGCACUGGGGCUGCUGCCUUUCAGUUUUCCAGAUCAAGAUAUUUGCAGGGCAGCAGUCCAGCAAAUAGAAAAUGUGCCAAGUGAUGAAUUAUUAGAAUACCUCCCACAGCUGGUGCAGGUGCUCAAGUUUGAGUGGAGUCUUGAAAGCCCUCUGGUGGAACUCCUGCUGAAUCCUUCUCUGCAGAGCAUCCAAGUAGCUCCCCAGUUUUACUGGCUGCUGAAGAAUUCAGAGAGUGAUGUUCAUUUCAGAAUGUGAUAUAAGAAACUACUGGCUGCUCUCCAAUUCUGUGCUGGACAAGCCCUGAACAAUAAGUUUUCUAAGGAAGAAAAACUCAUCAGAAUUCUGGAAGACAUUGCCACAAAAGUGAAAGCUGCCAGAGACCCAAAAAGAAAGGAGGUGUGAGAGGUGGAGCUCAGCUGACUCCAGCAGUUCUUCCAGGAGGUGAAGCUCUGCCCCCUGAACCCCGAGCUUGCUGUCCAAGGCGUGGAGCCAGAUUCAUGUUCUUAUUUUACAUCCAAUGCCUUUCCCUUGAAAAUCUCCUUCAUCACUGCAAAUGCUCCAAGUGGAAACAUCAAUGUUAUUUUUAAGAUAGGUGAUGUUCUACAUCAAGGUAUGUUGGUUCUGCAACUUAUUCGAGUGAUGGGCAGCAUUUGGCUCUGAGAGGGACUGGAUAUGCAAAUGAUCAUUUAUAGGUGUUUACCUACAGGUAAAGGACAAGGACUGGUUCAGAUGGUGCCAGAUGCUACCACACUAGCAAAGAUCCACAGGGAGUCUGCUCUGAUAGGACCACUGAAAGAAAACACAAUUAAAAAGUGGUUUCACCAUCGCCAUCCUCUGGAAUCAAGUUACCAAGAGGCCAUAAGGAAUUUCUUUCAUUCCUGUGCUGGCUGUUGUGUUGUUACCUUCAUCCUGGGAGUCUCUGAUCGACCCAGUGACAACAUAAUGCUGACAAAAGCUGGACACAUGUUCCACAUAGAUUUUGGAAGAUUUUUGGGUCAUGCACAGGUGUUUGGCAGCAUCAUAAGAGAUGGAGUUCGCUUCAUCUUCACAUCAGAGAUGGAGCAUUUCAUAGCAGAGGGUGGGGAAAGCCCACAGCAUUUCCAGGAGUCUGUGGAGCUUUGUUGUCGAGCUUAUAAUAUAGUCAGCACCCACAGCCAGCCACUCCUGAACCUGCUAGAGAUGGUGCUGCAUGCAGGAUUGCCCGAGCUGAGCAGGCUCCAGGAUCUGAAAUAUGUGUAUGAUAACCUCCAUCCUCAGGACUCACAUCUCCAGGCUACAAGCAGCUUUACAAGGAAAAUAUAGGAAAGUUUGGAGUGCUUCCCUUGACUCAAUAGCUUGAUCCACACGCUUGUCAGAUGCCGGGGAGCUCUGCAGAGCCCCAGCCCCAGAGCCUGGCCCCAGGAGUGGAUGAUGCUGGACAGGGCCCUGGCAAGGGCCACCACUGUGGGAUUCAGCAGAAAGCCAGACUCCCUGUGGAUUGUAUAUCUCAUCCAGGUGCUGCAAACCUGCCAUGUGAUCACCUUCGUGGAAAAGUCAUUUGACCAGUUCUUAAAACUUCACAGCCAGCUCCAGAAGCAAUUCCCAUCUCAUGCCCUCCCAGAAAAAGGGGAACAGCUUGGGCCUGAAAAAACUGUUCCUGAAAUUAAAGGGUUUCCCCACUCAUGGCAUUUACCUGUCACGGAUGUUGAACACACAAGAGUGAAGGAUUUGACCCUCUACCUGAAGCAGCUACGAAGUGGCUCCAGGAAACUGGCUAAUAAUGACCUUGCAUUCAGCUUCUUCCUCAGUUGGUCCAAAAACACCUUGGCAGAGGAUUCAUCAUCUCUGACCUUAGGGCAGGUGAGCCACAUUACUAACCCAGCUUCAAGGACACGCUUUGUGCCCCUGGAGAGAGCUGCCCCGGUGCCUCCAGCAGAAAGAUGGAACAGGAUUUGCUCAGUCAUUUCUUCCACGUUAUGAGACUGAUUCUUCUUGCUUGGAAAAUGAAAAAUGUUUUGGGUGCUCAGUCAGCUGGCCACAAGCCUGGAGUACAACUGGCCCUAUCCUGUGAGAACACCAUCUGACAGCAAUGCUGAAA